GCUUAAGUUUUCGCCAAGAAGUAGACGUGUCCCACUUUCCUCUUCAUCGCUUUAGCUGUGAAGGGCAGAUGGAGGCAGACAUCACCGGCACAAUGGAAGACAAAGCAGAGAUUCCAGAAAACCCGUUAGAGCCUUACAUUGAAUCUAUACGCCAGCAACUGGAAGACCAGGACCCUGUUUUUGUCAUUGGAGUUCUCGUCGCUUUAGCAGCUGUUAUCAUCACCUGUGUCUUUCUCAAGUACUUUCUCACCAGCAAAACUGUCCGAAGUGCGGUUCUGCUGGUCGGGUUGUGCGACGCCGGAAAAACACUCCUUUUCAGCCGUCUUCUGUCUGGAAAGUUUAAACGGACACAGACCUCUAUUACUGACAGUAGCGCGCCAUAUAAAGUGAAACACGACAGGGGAACUAUCUGGACUCUGAUAGACCUGCCAGGUCAUGACAGUCUCCGCCCACAGUAUUUGGAGAAGUUCAAGUCAGCAGCCAGGGCCAUCGUCUUUGUGGUGGACAGUGCCAUCUUCCAGAAGGAAGUGAGAGACGUGGCCGAGUUCCUGUACGUCCUGCUGACGGACACUGUGAUCUGUAGGAAUGCCCCGACUCUGCUGAUGGCAUGCAACAAACAAGACAUCACCAUGGCAAAAUCUGCCAAACUGAUUCAGCAGCAGCUGGAAAAGGAACUGAAUACAUUGCGGGUGACUCGCUCAGCAGCGCUCAGCUCCCAGGACGGCACAGCGGGUGGAAGCCUUUAUCUGGGGAAGAAAGGCAAGGACUUUGAGUUCAGCCAGCUGCCAAUGAAGGUGGAAUUCAUAGAGUGCAGCGCCCGUGGAACAAAAGGCGAAGAGGGGGAUGCUGACAUCCAGAGCUUGGAGAGCAGCCUGGCGAAACUGUAAACGUGUUUAACUUACAACCUCAAUGUCACCUCGGUAUCCACCUUCAAAUCGCUACAGAGACUCAAGAAACUUGAAAGGAUGAACACUUGAAACACGCAAUCAAACUCAAACAAGGAUGUGAAAUUCCAAUUAGCUAAAAGGAAUGUUUGCUCGCUUUGCAUUGCAAAUCUAAUCAUAUUUGUACUUCAACUCCAUUAAAACAUGCCUAUACUCGAGACAGUUUUAAGAAAUCAUGGAUAGUCUGCAGUUUCUUCAGUAAUCCAGACAGGAAGCUCUGUGCCUUUAAAUGCUGAUACCUUUUUUUCUCUGUCUGAGAGAACCAUUUCAAUGGGUGUGAUUGAUCAUGUAUUUGUUAUGAUAAAUCACAAUUUAUUCCUGCGAAAGGAAGAAGAAAAUGUUUUUUGCUUGGUAUAAAAAAAAAUGAAGGUGAAUCACUAUCAACUCAAAGGUUUAAUCUUUGCAAAAAAAAAACAAAUUCUGGAGUACAAGAAAAGCAGAAAUGCCUGUCAAAGAUCUUCUGUGACAAGAGUGCUCUGCUGUUUCAAGAAAGCUGCUGAAAAAAUGCUAGUAGCUCACAAAUGUUGAACUUGUGGGCCGGUCUGAUGUCAUUCCUGGGCCAGAUUUGUCCCUUGUCCCACAGGCCCUUGACUAAAGCAUCCUGAGCAACGUGCAGCAGGCUGAACAUGUCAAACAUUAAACAAACACACAAUCACGAGUCGUUUGUUUU